AUGUCCCACUCUGUCACCGUCGAGGAAGUGCCUGACGAAGGUGACGACUUCAUGGAUCAGAUCAAGAUCACAAUGCCCGAUGCGAAGAAGAUAGUCCGUGAUGUACAUCCUAGCAAUGCUGGGCGGCCACAGCGACAGACUACAACUGCGUUCGAUGCUAAGCGGACUGUGCAGAACCUGACGGACCAUGCGCCGUGGCAUCCCUUCGCAAGCUACGAUGAGUAUAAGUUCACUCGUUGGCUUCUGAGAAGCGGUCUUUCUCACCGUAAGGUCGAUGAAUUCUUGAAGGGUGAUGUGUUUCACAGCGCGCGUGCAUUGCAUCCAGACCGGUACCACAGCUUUCACGAUAACAAGUCUUUCCUACUAUUCCUCGAUCAGCUUCAGACCCCUGGGCUAGUUGAUUGGAAGCACAGGCAAAUCAACAUUGAGGGAGACGUACCUGAUCCUCGCCGCCCGGGUAAAUCCCUUACGGAAACGGUUGACUUGUGGGGUCGCGACGCGCUUGAAGCUACAGAGAUCCAGUGCGACGACGGGACCGUUGUACCCAUCAUCCUGGCCUCGGAUAAGACGCAACUUUCGACAUUCAGUGGGGAUAAGCAGGCGUGGCCAGUCUAUCUGUCGAUUGGUAACAUAUCUGGUGCUAUACGGUCUCAGCCUUUGAAGGGUGCCACAGUACUGCUCGGUUACUUGCCUGUGACUAAGCUACAGUGCUUCUGUAGUCAGGAAGCAGUGAAACGUAUGGGACACCGACUCUUUCAUCAUGCGAUGAGUCUCCUGCUCGAGCCGUUGGUGGAGGUAGGAAGGACAGGCGUGGAAAUGCCCUGCGCGGAUGGCUGGUCGCGCAAAGUCUUUCCCAUCCUUGCUGCGUACCUCGCCGACUUCCCUGAGCAGUGCCUGAUCACUUGCAUAAAGUCUAAUUGCUGUCCUGUCUGUAAAGUCGACCGACUUGAGCGUGGGCACCUUCUGAAUUCGCUCUAUCGCGCACCUGAUGACACCCUCGAGCAUCUUCGGCGCGCAGACGACAAUGACCUGCAGGACGUGCCUAAACCCUUCUGGGCCGACCUCCCAUAUGCGAAUAUCUUCAGCUGCAUUACACCAGACAUUCUGCACCAACUCCAUAAGGGCGUGUUUCGCGACCAUCUUGUCAAUUGGGUGACUCGUGACUACGCAGAGGAGAUCAACGAUCGGUUUGCCCGAAUACCUCCUUACCCGGGUCUACGCAUCUUUGCCCGCGGCAUCUCGACCAUCUCGCAGUGGACCGGGAAUGAGUAUCGCCAGAUGGAGAAAGUUUUCCUGGCACUUCGGAGCGGCCUGAAUGCUGACGAUCCGCGCUUCAUCAUCGCUGCACGUGCAGUCCUCGACUUCGUCUAUCUUGCUCACUUCCCUGUUCAUUCGACUUCUACUCUCGCCAUGAUGCAGGAGGCGCUUCAACGGUUCCACUCGAACAAGCAAGUCUUCAUUGACCUCGGUGCGCGCACGCAUUUCAAUAUCCCCAAGAUACAUAGUAUGCUCCAUUACGUGCCCUUUAUCAUAGACUUCGGCUCUGUACUACCACUCUGCACCGACGGGCCUGAGCGUCUUCACAUCGACCUCGCGAAACUUGGCUACCGUGCGAGCAAUCGCAGAAACUACGUCAUCCAGAUGAUCCUGUGGCUUCACCGUCGUGAGAAGCUGGCCUGGUUCGAAUCUUAUCUCGUGUAUAUCGAGUCUGCCUUCGGGCUGCCCAGUGAUGACGAUCCCAUGGACGGAUCGAGCCUUGAGGAGGACGAGGCAUACAAUGACGAGCUUUGCGAAGACGGUGAUGAACUCGAGACGGAAGAACUUGAACUGGUCGAUGUCUUCGACCGAGAUCUUCCGCAAGUCGGCGUUAUGAGGGACAUGAAUGCUGUCCACCCUACAGAUCCUGCGCCGACAGCUGCAUCGUCCGACAAUGUGUCAUGGUUAUCUGCAGGUGACGAUGAGGUGGUCACGGAUAGCAGCUCUCGGUUUUUACCAUAUAGGAUCAGCAAGCGUCCGGCCUAUGGCCGUGUUUCUGUUUCUGAUCUACAUAAACAUUUCCAUGCUCUGCAUUUCACACGAGAGUUGCAGGCCUUCCUUCUGCGCGAGACGCCAUCAUUUGGACAAGUGUGGUUAUCCUCCCUCGACAAUCUUCGCUUCGGGCUAUAUGCCCAGUUCAGGCGAACACUCCCAUCGUUGCGCGGGCUUCCCGAAGGCGAUGUUAUGGAAGAUGUCGUGUAUGCUAUGCCAACAUCUUCCGGAUUAUCAUUGCGCUUCAGUACAGUCCUGUACAUACACAAUCAAGAUGAGGCAGCCGAGUAUGGUGUUCAGGGAUACCGUGUCGAGCGUAUACGAGCUAUCUUUGAUGUACCGGACAUCAUAAACCGUCAACGGCCCCCCAAUGCAUCUCGACACCUUGCGUAUCUGGAACUCUUCACACCAUUCGAAGAGGGACCAGAGCGGCACAGCCGUCUAUGGCGUGUAGCCCGCCAGAUGUCAAACGGCGAGCCGCGACCACUCGUCGUUCCUCUUGACUUGAUCUUUCAGAGUUGCCAUCUCAUUCCAAACUUCGGCACAGCUGUCAAUCUGAGCUGGACAUCCCAGGACGUACUUGACCAGGCCAUGAGAUUCUACCUCAAUCCUUUCAUAGAUCAUCAUAUGUACUUAUUUGUGUAG